AUGUCGGCAGUCGUUGCCAGUCCCGUAAUAACUAAACUUGAAAAUCAGUCAAGUGCUGAUCAUCACAACAAUCCAAACACACUUGACCAUCAAUGGGCUGCAACCUGGACUGCUCUUUUGGACAUUCGAGAUGCUAGGGAACAAACUCCAUUUGUGUCACUCUUUCAAGCAUACAACGAUGCUGUGAUGAUUGCGGAACAUCGGUCUGCAGAAAUAUUGAACAUACAGUCUCAGCUGUCAUUAUUGCGUGCAGAACUCUCUGAUACAACGCAGCAGCUCGCUGAGGCUAGGCAAAAUGGGCAAGUGAAUUGGAUUAAUUCAAAUCCAGAUACACUUGCACGUCUUGCAAAUCUGGAUCAAGAGGUCAAGCAACUCAAGGAAGAGCAAACAGAUUUAUACAAAACAAAUGCAGGAAGUGCCCAGCGUGUCCUUAAUUUGAUGGAUGCCAGCCAUGUUGAUAAAGAAUUGAUCAAGUCAAUGACUGAGAGAGUUGAUCAACUAUUAAACCUCAAUAGAGUUUUAACAACAAAACUCUCUGAUAAUCAGGAUCUCAUCAAGGAAAAAGAUCAUGUGAUUCAGAUUCUAAGAGAUGAACUUUCGGCUCACCAGCUUGAAUUGAUCCAGCGGGAAGAGCAGCUGAAUGUAAAGACAAAGCGUGUUGCUGAGCUUGAAGCAGAUAACAAAACACUUCUUGAGCGAUGGAUUAUGCUAAAACAAAAAGAAGCUUCUCAUAUGAACGAAGCCAACGAAAUUAUGGAAGCGCAAGUGAAAUUCAUGCCAAAAUUAGCCACUAUUUUAUUUUGUAGCUUCAAUCGCAGAAUUGUAAGAUUAAAACUUGUAACUGUGUACUACUUUGAUCAACUUAGGGCAUUGAAAAACAAAGUGUCGACAAAGCGCAAAGAGCCUUUUUUAGGAUUCCCUUUAUUCUUGCUACCAUCAGACACCGUCUUGGAUAAACCUGAAAAGAUCUAUCCCGAAACCUCUGCGCUACAAUGCGUCGUACCCACCACUGGAGUUCGAAAAAUGACUGCUCAUGAUGGAGAAAUUAGCUGUAUUGCUAUAAGCCGAGAUGGCGGUUUACUUGCUACUGGAGGAAAUGAUCGAAAGCUUAUUUUAUUUAAUGGAAAUACAUGUUCUCAAAAAGCAAUCAUUGACACGGCUGGACAGUCUAUUACAUGCGUGGCAUUUAACGGCUCUGGUGAUUCUGUACUUUCUACAUCUAUUGAUCAUUCAAUCAAAGUAUGGAAUACUUUGACUUUUCGCUCAAAGAUUACAUUUACGGGGCAUUCUGGAAAAGUCUGUGCUGCCAGAUUUACCAAUAGUAAUCGGAUUGUAUCUGGAUCUCACGAUAGAUCUAUAAAAAUUUGGGACUUGGUUAAAGGAUACAGUGAGUUUCUUAAUGCUAUAUCUCUGCAUUGCCUUGUUUGUGGCUGUUUUGUACGCCGUCAAAGACUAAUGAAACGGCUGGAUUAUGGAAUAGGUAUUAGAACGCUGUUUACAUUAUCAAGCUGUAACGAUCUUGCUCUGCUAGAUAGUGAAGGUCAAAUAAUUAUCAGUGGGCAUCUAGAUAACAAUGUGCGAAUCUGGGAUGCACGAACAGGAAAUAACAUUCGAGAGAUUACAGGCAUCCAUUCUGGACAGGUUACGAGUGUAGAAGUAUCCCCAAACCAACACCAAUUUUUAACUACAUCGCGCGACCAUACUCUGCAAUUACUUGAUGUGCGAACCUACACUCCUAUAGCCACCUAUGCGGUAGGCAUGAACUGGGCACGGUCUUGUUUUAGCCCGGAUGGAUCAUUUAUAUCAUCUGGCUCUGCAGAUGGCACUGUGUUUUUCUGGGAUAUAGCGUCCAAGAAAAUGGUCCAAUCUAAUAAGGAGCACAAGUCCGCUGUAUGCGGAGUAGUAUGGCAUCCUCAAGGCGGAAGUGCAGUGUAUUCUGCAAGUGACAAGGACAAAUGUGUUGUGCAAUGGGGAACUCUAAACUAG